UAAAGCUCGACAAACAAUUGUGUAAGAGUGCGAAGACGUCUGGGCGCAGGAUACAUAAUUUGCUUGUGUCGCUUCUUUAGUCCGGUCAGCUGCAGACAUGUUUCUUUUGCAGGUGUGUGCUUCAACCAGCAGACGACUUCUUUCUCAUGGUCGAGCUGUGGACUCUGCAUUUACUGGGUGUUCACGGGCAGCCAGUGGAUUGGUGAAGGACAAGGAGCCGCUGAAGAAAGCCAAAACCCCUCAGGGUCGGUUUGACACCCCGGAGGAGAAGCAAAAAGAGGUUCUGCAAAAAUUCCCUGAUGAUGUAAACCCUGCAACCAAGGAGAAGGGGGGUCCCCGGGGCCCAGAACCAACGCGCUAUGGAGACUGGGAGAGAAAGGGCCGCUGUGUUGACUUUUAGAUUAUUAUCUAUAAAGUGGUUUUAUUAUCAUUGAUUGUGUUUGCUGUACUCUGGGAAUCUGAGUUUCUGUUCAGAAGAUGAGAAUAAGACAGGGAUAUAAACUGUUUCUUACUAUCACUGUGUAAACUCUUACAGGGAACAAAAACGAUUACAAAAACAAUUUGUUUGGCAUAAGUAGCUUGAUUUACACAAAAUGUAUCAUGUCUCUUACUGCUGGCUUUUGUGGUUGUCAAAGAAAAUGCCAUCCAUUAUCACCGAUAUAUGUGACGCUUCAAGACACAUUUUGCACAUUGAUGGUGUUUGGUUGCAUGUGAGAGUGAGACAUUAGAGUGCUGGUCCUAUUAAGCUUUUUCGUUUUGUCAACGAGUAUGAAAGAUGAGAUUAAUUAAAGGACAGAUUGUUCUGUU